AUGGUGGUGGUGGAUUCAGAUUCAACCAUAGCCAAUGAAGAAGAAGAAGUGGCUGAGCCUGAGCCGCUGUCUCGGCCACUGCCACUGGUAGCAUUAUCCAUCAGUCUAAUAGAGCGGGAGAAAAUCCAGCGCCGCAACUCCACCUCCGCAGUUCUGCCACCUCCAAACACUCCCUGGUCAAUGGUUGCCAUCAGAGAUUACGAAGAUGAUAAUAAUAACUCAACGAUCAUCUUCCCUCCAAUCAACCACGAGAACCUUCAGAUUUCUAGAGAAAUUCCGCAAGUUCACGGCGAAUUAUCAAUUACAUCGUCACCACACAAUGACGAAAAUUCCGAGUCCGAUUCAUAUUCGGAUUCCGAUUCAGAUUCAAACUCAAACUCGUCGGCCUCGUUUUCUCCGUCCGAUUCCAGCUCAGUGAGCGCAUCUCCUUCGAUUCUAAGUCCUAAGGCUAGGUCGGCGGCUGACAUCGCACAGUGGUUCGAUUCGAUGGUGGAAAUACUGCGUUCCAAGGUGAAUAACAUCAUGAGUCUCAUCUGGGGCAAUUUGGCUUCAACGUUUAAGUCGUCGUUGACGUUCCGUUACGCCACAGUGGCGGCGAUGCUGCUACUGUUUCUAUAUUUCAGGCGAAGGAGAAGAUUUAGGGCUCAGGAAGACAGUACGAAUCAGCUUAUUCGCAUUGCGAGAGAGAAAGAUGAGAAAAUUAAUAAACUAUUGGAUCAAGUUGCAGAGAUGAAUCGAGCUUUGCUAUCAUUUCAUAGAGUCCCCAGUAGCUAA